AUGGCCAUUUCGACUGUAUCUCUUGAUCCAUUUAUCUUAUGCAACCCGGAAACCGCUUCUUUUGUGACUGUCGCGAGUAACCUGUCUCUUCGCGCCCUGUCUUCCCAGACGCGCUUCUUGUCUGCAGAAGAACUACUUGCCGGUGUUCAAGAGGGCAAGGUACUAGUUUCCAAGGCCCAGACGUGCCGCCUUCUGGUCUCCGUUGUUCUAGAAGGCGAAGACUCCGGUCGAUCUCACGUCUUUGCCGGCCAGGUCGCGCGUCAUCUGUUAAAUUGUCCUGUGGGUGACACCAAGAGCGUCCCGGACCACGACGUUCAUGAAUCUCCAUCUACACAAGACUCCGGUGUUUACCUUCUAAACACCAAUGUCGCCGCUGCAACAGGUCCGCAGAUGCAAGAGCACGCAGACAACAUAGCGAUACCAUCUUCUACAGUAAAGGGGCUGUUGGAGGCUAGUUUCAACGCUCUGGUAGCCGGCCAAAGGUGUUCCGUGGGUAUUCGAGUCGUCAAGAGCAUGGAAUCGCCUUCGUUGAUUCGCCUGGCACCCGAAGUUUUCAACAUAAAGUACCUCUCGUCGCUUGUUUCCCGGUCUUAUCUCCUUCCAAGUUUAUCAUCUGUCUUUGCCGACUUGAAAAAUAUUGAAUCCAGACAAAUACGGACUUUGACUGAGAACAGAGCCGAGGGCCAAUCUAGCGGAGCCAAGGGCGAUGCGAGCGAAGUCAUCCGGCAACAGCUGUGGCGAUUGACACGGACAUGGCUUCCACCCUUUCAGAAGGGCGAUUUUCGACAGCGAGGGGCUCGUGAACCAGCGGCGAUGGAUGACAAUAUGCUUUCGAUACCGGAAGCAUGUGGGUUUGCCGAUGACGAAGCUGCAUCUGAGAACCAUUUUCCCGUCGGCGAUGGACCAUAUCAAGAAGUGGAUUUGGAGCUCGAUUUCUGUGAAAGCUACAGCAGACAAAAUCAAUUGUCGGAACCGGAAAACGAGCAAUACAACUAUGACGACUGGAUUUCGUUUCCUGGGGCAAUGGACGGCUAUCCAUAUUCGUCCCUGUUUCUCCCUACAAAUGACACUAUAGGUCAACAAGGGGGAGAUGUGGAUUACGACGAAGCCUGUUACGCUGGGUUUUCCGUUGACCACGAUGCCGAGCUCGACCCUUACAACUCAGGGACUACUAGCUCACCGUUAUCACAAGAAAUUAGCCCAGACCGCCUUGAAAUCGAGGAAUCACACGAGAGGAACCUGAAAAGUCGCAGGUUGAGUCGAGACUCAGCGCCAAUAUUACCUUUGUUGACCGAUCACGCUGUUGCUGUUCAUCAUUACGAACCCUUUAGCAACUGGUGGAGUUCCGAUAUUGACUUGGGGGAAGAGCAGCCUGCGGCGCAUGGCGAGAUCGAUGAACUUCACGAGCCAGUAUGGGCUUCUCCCCGGAACGAGGGCCAUUUGCAGUUCCAAGAAUUGUCAUCUGAAGCAGGGGACGAUGCUGGAAGUUGUUCAUGGAACGACGAAGGGGGGUAUGAUGGCUUUGACGAUACAUAUUGGGAACCGAUGUCUCAAGCUCCCACAUGCUUAAGUAGUUCCUCAGAAAUGGUUGAGGUGGAGGGUGGGUUUGAGAAUGAAUGGACGUUUUGA